CUUGCGUUUUGCGGCAGCAAUAUGAGCUAGGUCCGGAUCCUGUUAGACACCGGCGGGCGCGAGCCGUUGCAGGUACCUGGCGGUGGUUACGUUGGUGACAUGGCUCAGAAGUUUAUUUCUUUAAACUUUUAAGUUUUUUUUCUUUUUAGUCUUCAGAAAGGCAACAGUAGUCUUUUAACGUCACUGUUAAAAGUGUAAGACUCUUUUACUCCCUGAGAGUCCCCUUUCCCUUUCUUGCGUCCCUUCCUCUUUAUUCUUUUUUUUUUUUUUUUUACUGAGACGGAGUCUCACUCUGUCGCCCAGGCUGGAGUGCAGUGGCGCGAUCUCGGCUCACUGCAAACUCCGCCUCCCGGGUUCACCCUUUCUCUUUAUUCUUAUCCCGGUCAGACUCGCCCCCUCCUCCAAGACAUCUCUCUGUUUUAUUUUAUUUGAUUUUAGUUCUCUUUGGGUGAUCGCUCCUUCCCUCUUCAACGGAUCCCUCCCCGCCUCCAUCCUCGUCCUGUGGGAGAGACCAGCCUUCUGGUGCUGCAGUUAGGAAUGGAGCUUGACAGCGCUCUGGAAGCCCCAUCGCAGGAAGACUCUUCUUUGUCCGGGGAGUUGUCUCACUCCGCCCUUGGACAGGCCUUCUCCAAGAUUUUACACUGUCUUGCCCGCCCGGAGGCACGACGAGGCAACGUAAAAGAUGUAGUUCUUAAAGACCUCGGUGAUCUAAUAGAAGCCACAGAAUUUGAUAGGUUAUUUGAGGGGACUGGUGCACGGCUCCGCGGAAUGCCGGAGACACUGGGGCAGGUAGCAAAAGCCCUGGAGAAGUAUGCAGCCCCCUCCAAGGAGGAGGAAGGUGGAGGUGAUGGGCACUCCGAAGCGGCCGAGAAAGCAGCCCAAGUUGGGUUACUGUUUCUUAAGCUGUUAGGGAAAGUUGAGACUGCUAAGAAUUCCCUGGUCGGCCCUGCAUGGCAGACGGGCCUGCAUCACUUGGCAGGACCCGUUUAUAUUUUUGCCAUCACACACAGCUUGGAGCAACCAUGGACUACUCCGAGAUCUCGGGAAGUUGCUAGAGAGGUGCUCACCUCACUGCUUCAAGUUACUGAAUGCGGUUCUGUGGCAGGAUUCCUACAUGGAGAAAAUGCAGAUGAGAAAGGGAGAUUUUCGGUGAUACUAGGGCUUCUCAAACCCGACUUGAAUAAGAAAUCCUGGAAGAAUAACCCUGCCAUCAAACAUGUUUUCUCAUGGACUCUGCAACAGGUCACUCGGCCCUGGCUGAGCCAGCAUCUGGAAAGGGUACUUCCCGCAUCAUUGGUCAUUUCAGAUGAUUAUCAGACUGAGAACAAAAUCCUGGGUGUACACUGUCUCCAUCACAUUGUGCUUAAUGUGGCUGUGCUCCUGUGUCUGCUGGAUUUAUUCCCCAUCCUGGAGAAAACCCUGCACUGGAAAGGAGAUGGAGCUCGACCCACCACCCAUUGUGAUGAGGUCCUGCGGCUGAUCCUGACCCACAUGGAGCCAGAGCACCGCCUCCUUUUACGCAGGACCUACGCAAGAAACCUGCCGGCUUUCGUGAACAGGUUGGGGAUCCUAACUGUCCGGCACUUAAAGAGGCUGGAGAGAGUCAUCAUUGGUUAUCUGGAGGUUUAUGAUGGACCUGAGGAGGAAGCUAGACUGAAGAUACUGGAAACCCUAAAACUUCUCAUGCAACAUACUUGGCCCAGAGUUUCCUGCAGACUUGUGGUCUUACUGAAGGCCCUCUUGAAACUGAUUUGUGAUGUAGCAAGGGAUCCAAACCUUACACCUGAGUCUGUUAAGAGCGCCCUGCUACAGGAGGCCACAGACUGCCUGAUUCUCCUGGACCGCUGUUCUCAAGGACGGGUAAAGGGUCUCCUGGCCAAAAUUCCCCAAAGCUGUGAAGACAGAAAAGUGGUGAACUGUAUCAGAAAAGUGCAGCAGGUUUCUGAAGGCGCACCCUACGAUGGAACUUAAGACUUGUAUUACUUUCCCAAGAGGAAAGGAUUUUCUUCCCAUCCCAAUUUGUAUGAAUGGAGUUAUUUAAGAAAAAAAGAUAUUUUUACACAAAACUUUGUAAGUGAAAGCUGCUUUUUCCUUCUUUCUUUCCUUUUACCUCCAUAAGAGUAGGGAAAGUAGAACAAGAAAAAAUUGAACUCCUUCCAUUUCUAAAUAAAGUUUGGGAGAAAAAAGGA